UCAUCUCAACAGACAAAAGAUUAUGAACCCAUAUAGCAAUAUGAGAUAUCUUCUUUCUUCUCUCUCGAGUCAUCCAUCUUCUUCACCAUAGCCAAAUCUCAGUUGCAAAUCAAGCAACACUUCCGGCCAACUUCAUCUGAAGUGGGGAUCUGAGGUUUUAGCCAUUCAUUGUUUCUUUUGCUCUUUUUAGGGUUAUGUAUUUACUAAGGUAGUUCUGUUCUGAUAAUGUCCAAGCAUAUUGGUGGAGGUGACCGGAUACUUAAAGAUGCAAAUGGUGAUAUUAACAAUCAUUUACGUAAUCAUAUCCAUUUGACAAAUUGUAUUCACUUGAAGAAUCAUAUGCAUAAGCAAAACCCUAUUCUAGCUGAUAGGUCCAUUACAAGGGAUCUUGCUUUCCUUCAGAGGUCACGAUCUCUUAAGGAUCCUUCUACUAGUCCUCCUUCAGAUCUGCUUUCUAAAAGAGUCGAAAAGAAGGAAUCAUCUGCAUCAGGUAAUGGAAGAUGUUCACGUUCGCAUCAGAGGAGCAGCAACAAAGGGUUUACUGUAGAUUCAAAAGAAGAAGAUGAAGAAUAUGCUCAUCCACGCUCAAGGAGAAAGGGAAGCAAUGAUGACCAUUGUUGUUCUGUAUCAGGAAAAUCUGUACACAAGGGAAGAAUUCGAGGUAUUCAUGGUGAAAAAGAGCACACUGUUGAUGAAGGGAAAACAGCUAGCGUCGGCAUUCAUAGAGGUGGUAGAAGACGUAAAUUCAGAGGAACAAGGAGAUCUCAAACGAUGACUAGGGUUUCAGGAUUAGCUGACAUUCAAAAUGAGAUGUCUGUGGCUUCUAACUCAUUUGUUCAGGAAGAUCAUAAUUUCAUCCUUACUCCGAACAACAACUGCGGUAUUCCGUGGAAUUGGUCGAGAAUUCAUCACAGGGGGAAAACAUUUCUCGACAAAGCUGGAAAGAGUUUGUCUUGUGGGUUGUCUGAUUCAAAGUUAAGGAAGGAUAUUUCUGAUUUCCCAAUAAUCUCUGAUCACUCCAGUUCAUCUGCUAACCUUAAUGCAGAAGCAUUGCCUCUUCUAGUGGAGCCAUAUGAUUCUCAGGAUAGCGUCGAAAAUGCUGCUAGAGUACAUGAUUAUUCAGGGGAAUUGGGUAUAUUUGCAGAUAAUCUAUUGAUGAAUGAAACUGAUUCAGAUCUCGAAUCGGAAGCUAGAUCAGGUCUCCAACACAAAUUCAAAAGGCACCAGAAUUUCACUCAGAGGUAUACCCCUCGUUUGUUUCGCGAUUUAGUGGGACAGAAUUUAGUCGCACAAGCUCUGUCAAACGCAGUUUCUAAAAGAAAGAUCGGUUUGCUUUAUGUUUUCUACGGGCCUCAUGGAACAGGGAAAACAUCUUGUGCGCGUAUAUUCGCUCGCGCGUUGAAUUGUCAGUCCGAUCAUUCGCGUCCAUGUGGAAUCUGUAAGUCUUGUAUGGCGUAUGAUACCGGUAAGAGCAAAAACAUAAGGGAGAUAGGUCCUGUUGGUAAUUUCGAUAUGGAAGGUAUAGUUCGUCUUCUCGAGAAUAUGGCUUCUUCUUACAGAGUGCUCAUCUUUGACGACUGUGAUUCCUUCUCAUCUGAUUGCUGGAAUUCUUUAUCGAAGGUUAUUGAUCGAUCUCCUAGACGAUCAGUGUUUGUCUUCGUCUGUUCUACGCUUGAUGUGUUGCCUCAUGUAAUUUCAUCCAGGUGCCAGAAAUUCUAUUUCCCUAAAUUGAAGGAUGCUGAUAUCAUCUAUAUUCUGCAUUUGAUUUCUGACAAAGAAGAUCUGAAUAUUGAUGAGGAUGCAUUGAAGCUUAUUGCUUCCAGAUCAGACGGGUCAUUAAGGGAUGCUGAAAUGACUCUUGAACAAUUGAGUUUGCUUGGACAAAGAAUCUCUGUUCCUCUGGUUCAGGAACUGGUAGGACUUAUUUCCGACGAAAAGUUGGUGGAUUUACUCGAUUUAGCAUUAUCAGCUGACACGAUCAACACUGUGAAGACUCUCAGGGAGAUAAUGCAAUCUGGAGUUGAGCCAUUAGAUUUAAUGUCACAGCUCGCCACAGUAAUAACCGACAUUCUGGCUGGAAGCUACGACAUUACAAAAUCAAAGCGCAGAAGGAAAUUCUUUAAGCAUCAAACGUUAACGAAGGCGGAAAUGGAAAAAUUACGUCAAGCCCUAAAAACAUUAUCUGAAGCAGAAAAACAAUUGAGAGUAUCGAAUGACAGAUUGACAUGGCUAACGGCUGCACUGCUUCAACUUGCUCCUGAUCAACAGUAUAUGCUUCCAAGUUCAUCAGCAGAAGUUAGUUUUCAUCAUAGUCCGCAUAUUCAGAAUAAUAAUGCAGGCUCGAAAGAGCGACUUUCAGCGAGAAAUUCACAGGCUGGUCCUUCUGAGAUUCAGCAACUGGCAUUUACUAAUUCUGUUGACAUGAAUCAAGAUCACUGCCGGAAGUCAUCAGCGAAAAAAGAUAAAGAAAUGGAAGAGAUUUGGUUGGAGGUACUUGAGAGGAUUCAAAUAAACAGCAUUAGGGAGCUCUUGUACCAUGAAGGAAAAAUCGUCUCUCUCAGCUUCAGUGCAGCCCCAAAUGUUAAACUGGUAUUUAGUUCACCCCAGACAAAAUCCAAAGCAGAGACAUACAAACACCACAUGUUAAAAGCAUUUGAAUCCGUGUUUGGCUCUCCCGUAACCAUUGAGAUAAGAUGUGAAGCGCAAAGAAAAUCAAAAGGCGGUCAGUUUGUGAAACCAUUCUCUCGCGAUGUUUCAUCUCUUGUGCAUACAAACAUAAGUCCAAUCAACGAUGAAGAAGAGAAUGAUCAUGGUUUAAGUCACCGACGAUCAUCUCAAUCCAAAUCAUUUGGAAAAACGAGUGAAAUUGAGGAAAUAGCUAGGGCCAAUGAUGAUAUUAUACAACACGAUGAAAGGGACUCUAGAAAAGUUGUAAGGGGAGCAGAGUCUUCAUAUGAUGAUAAUAAUAAUAAGUCAUUACCAAAGGCAAAAAAAUUAGAGGAGAGUCGAUGUCAAAGCAUUGUGAGAAGCAAAGUGUCUCUUGCGCAUGUAAUCCAGCAAGUUGAAGGACACAGGAAGCGAAAUGGGUGGUUAAAACACAAGGCAGUUACCAUUGCUGAAAGGCUUGAACAAGAGAAUCUAAAAAUGGAAGCUAGAUCAAAAAGCUUGCUUUGUUGGAAGGCACCAAGGAGGGCUGUAACUCCUCGGAAGAUUUCGCGGUUGAAGAUGAGAACGAGGAGAACCCAAACUUUGCUUAGAUUUGUUUCUUGCGGGAAGUGUAUCUCUAAAACCAAGGCUAGGUAAAAGAGAGGAUAUCAACAACAACAGCAACAACUUUAGAUUGUGUUAAAUUGAUUAGAUUAUUCUGUUUUGUUUCCUUUGUUCAUUAAUAUGUUAAAAAAUUGUAAACUUUUUGUAUGAUGAUGUUAAUGAACCAGGCAGGAACUAUAUUGAAGUUUGUUCAUAAGCUAGGUUUAAUAUAAUGAAACCUUAUUAUUA